GCCUGAGACUACAAACGGGCUCAACGAGGGUAUGUACCUGCUCUUGAAUGGACUGGAUCGAUUCAACAUGUGCAUAACACCUCACGCGCUCCGUCACUGUUACUCAGUAGCUCAAUACAAAAGAGAGAAAAAAAGCCUUAAUCCCCCCAAACUGAAACCUGACUGACAUGAUUUCCCCCCAAUGAACAGUAGACAUCAUUGAGAUCUCUUCGAGUUCUCCUCCGUCCCCCCCGUCCGUGCUCAAUCAAGCCAAGCAACUUCUGCAAUCGGACGCCGAUGAGAUGAUGGCGUCUGCCAAGCGCAAGAGAAACAGCACGGCCUUGAAUGCCACCACCCCCAAUGCCGGAGGGAGAGCCGGCUUCGUACCUCAGACCCCUCGAACACCUCUCACAAACUCAUCUACCCACCCCGCGAAGCGCAAGAAGGUUGGGGGCGGUGAGUCAUCAAAGAAAAAGAAUAAGAAGCAGCAGCAGCAGCAACAACAAGAACGCGAGGAAUCGCAAGAGCUUCCGUACAUCAGCAGCCCGGUUUCCACCAAGCGGACCUCCACGACGAUCGCGACCAAUGGCCACCACCACAAUCACCAUGAUGCGGCUCCGGUGUCAGGGACCCCCGAACCCGAGAUCCCGAUCGAUCCAGCCCUGCGAGGCGAGCCCGUCGCCAUCCAGAAACCCCAGGACCACGACCACGAGAUGCAAGAUGCCGACCAGACCGAAGCCUCGACCCCCGGGACUGGGACUCAAGGAGAUGUGACCGGCGCAUCAUCGGAGCCCAACGCCCCCUCGGUCCGGCCGAAGAAGGGUCGCCGCCCUCAAGAGAAGGAGAACGAGAGCAACAGCAGCCAGACCACCAGCGGGAAGACGGGCUUCUUUUCACCCGACGAAAUCCAGAAGCUGGAGGCCUUCAAGCUGGACUUCUGCACCAGCAACGGCGUGGAGGCGGACACGUUCGACAUGAUGGUGCAGCACUCCGUCCGGGAUGGGCAGGAACAGUGGCCGGUGCACACCGACAUCAUCACUAAGACGGAGUUCUGGCAGAAAAUCUACGAAACCAUCCCGGACCGGGACAAGAGAUCCGUCUACCGAUUCAUGCGCCGCCAUUUCCAGUGCUCCUCCCAGAAGCCCCACCACUGGACCCACGAGCAGGACGAGGAGCUCAUCACGCUGCACAGGCUACACGGCGCCAAGUGGGCGUACAUUGCGAAGAUGAUUGGCCGCAGCGACGACGAUGUCGUCCAGCGGUGGAAGAACCGGCUGCAGCAUCGCCGCACGAUGAACCGCGGUCCCUGGUCGGAGCAGGAGGUGCAAGCCAUGAUGGACGUUCUGCAAGAGGUCUGGCAUACCAUGAAAGCUACUGGGGUCGAAGUUGGCCAGGAUGUUUACGAGUUGGACGAGGUCUACAUCGCUUGGGGAGUGGUCAGCGACAAGAUGAACAACUGCCGUUCUCGCCAGCAGUGCGCGGACAAGUGGCGGAAGCUCAGGGCCAAGGUCUUGAACCAGCGCAGUAAGGAAAACCCCGAUGCGUUUCAUGACUCGGCGGUUGUGAAAAAGUCAGAUGGCAGCCGCCGGAGCAAGUCACGGGCCGUGAGUACCCCUCAGCAAAAGCCUAAUACGAAGUUCAAGAGCCAGGAGUUCGUGGAGUCGGAGGUGGAGGAGUCGGAGGAAGAGGAAAACGAGGAACAAGAGGAAGAAGCAGAGGACGGAGAAGAGGACGAAGAAGAGGAGGAGCAAGAGGAGGAGGAAGACGAAUCAGCCGAGCCAGAAGUUCCCAUCAAGUAUGAACGGCACUCAAUGGAACUGGAUGAUGCACACGUGUCACCACCAUUGAAACAGCCCACUGGGGCUAUCCGUCAUAUCACGAACACCGACUCGCGGGAGGAUUCCGCUGCCACUGAAAGUGACGAUGAUUUAGUCGAUCGGGCCAUCAAGCCGGAGCGCAGACAACAAUCCUCUCCGGAGUCAGAGGGGGAGGAGGAAGAGGAGGAAGAGGACGAGUCGCCUAGCCCUGACUCCAAACGGGAUGUCAAGCCCAACCUUCGCGACGAAGAGGUCGAGAGCGAAAACGGGAGCGACAGCGACGGCGACGAGAGCGAAGAGGAGGACUAUUCCACUCCACCCAGUGGGCAGAAAUCCGCCAACCUCAAAGUCACCUCCCCGAGAACCGUCACCAAGUCAUCCCAACAACGGCAUCAAGGAAGCACCAUCAAGCCCCGAAGCCCCGUAGCGGUGGCCAUUAAAUCCAGAAAGUCGCCGUCCCCAACUGCCUCCGCCUCUUCAUCCGAGGACGAAGAAGAAGAUGAUGAUGAUGAUGAAGAGGAGGAAGAGGAAUCCGGACGCAGCGACAGCGAAACAAGCAGCACCGGCGGCGACUGGCCCGCCAAACCCGCCACCACCAGCCCUAACGCCCGCAAACCCUCCACCAAGACCAACUCCUCACCCAACACUACCGCCAAGCGCACCACCACCACGAAACCCCCCAAACCCGAACCCGAGUCCGAAUCCGAGCCCGCCUCCUCCUCCUCCUCCGAAGAAGACUCCCCCGCCCCCAAGCAAGGACUCUCAAGGCCCUCCAUCCCCACGCGCCCCUCCUUCGGCUCCAGCUCCCAACCCACCCGACCCCCAAGCCAACGCCUCAGCAUCAAGGAACUCCGCGACGCCAGCCUCAGCAAGGCGAACAGCAAACUCAAGGCCCCCAAGCCCAGCACGCUGAGCGGCAUAAUGUCCGACGCGAAGUCGCGGGCCAAAUCCGACUCAUCCGAUGAUGAUGACGAUGAAUCCUCAUCCUCAGACUCGGAUGCGGAUGCGGAUUCCGAGUAAAAAAAUUUCGGUUCGUUUUGCGUGGUGUGUUUGUGGUCUUGAGUCGGGCGUGCUGGGGUGAUUGUAUGUUCUUUCUCAGGUCAAAAUGUAUUUCGGGGAUGGUGGGAGGGAGGAAGUGCCAGCCCCGGCCGGGUAGGGGAGGGGGAGAAAGGGGAAGAUGAAGACGGAGAUGACGUUCCAUUGAGUUGAAUAAUUUGUUAGUUGCCAUAGGUUAUGAAUU